AUGUCAAAAAGAACUAUGGCGUCGGGGAAAAUAAAAUCCUCGCACCAGCCGCACGUCGAUCCCAGAACACGCGGCCACCACACAUCCGAAAUGCACAGCACCGCCCUUGUGUGGCUAGACAAGGUUCUACAGGACCUAGAGGAGAGGAAGCGAGAUACCUCAAGGCCGACUCGGAUCACAUGUGGCGCAUGUGGCAGCAGUUGUGCGAACAACAAGUCUUCUGUGAUAAAACAUGCGGAUACACAUCGGCCCUUUGAGCUUCGGGAAUACGUGUGUCCGUAUUGCGAGUAUCGUUUUGGACAGCAGAGCCAACUUCUUUGUCACCUACCUGCUUGCCCAGAACGUAAUAGCUCACACGAUGUGAAGGAUGUGGAGCUUCCUACCUGCGGAAUUAUACUCCUAACAGAGAGUCAGUUCACUUUCGCCUGCGGCUACACGAACAAACACGCCCGCAGCGUGACACAGCAUCGACAGCGCUCCCACGGACAGUCUAACCUUCGCGAACGUCGCGAGGGUGUGCGGGGCCUAAGACCUGCAUUAACUCAUAGGCAACGAAAGAGCCCCAACACCAUCUACGUCUGGAUGGACAGAGAUUGUACUGAAUAUAGUACAGCAGGUGUUCCUCAGGUUCACCUCACCGCAGUGAGGGAAGCGUUAGAAAAGGAGGUCGCCGACGCACGCUACUGGGCCAAGAUCGCCACCGCGAAGAAGAAAGCUGCCGUAACCGCUAAGAAAAAGGCGAGGCAACCAAAGAAGCGCGAUGCGACUCGACGUAUUGCUGCAGCACUUGAAACGCCCACCACGGCUUCGUCACCUAUCUCGCCACUCAAUUCUCCCGGCACAACUUUCGAAGAGCUCUCCCCGGUGUCGACCGCCCUCACAAGCCCGAACCUUCCGCCACAGGACAUGCCGUCUUGCCGGGAUACUCCAGAGCGCCCAUCAUCCGAGUCCUACGAGCGCACCACUGCGCUGCCUGGCUUCCACGAGGCGUUCGGCGAUGUUCCGUCCCCCCAUCAUGACGACCGGCCGCACACUCCACCGUCUCCCUCUGCCACAUUUGCAAGCAUUUCGAGUAGAGAAAACGACGUCAUUGUGCCGGACGAGCAUCGAUACUACCGUGUUGGUCGUCAAGACCGAGCCGCCACGCCGCCACGCGCGGAUUUCCGCCAAGCCUCUCGGUACAGGCCUUACGCAGUUCCUGGGACACACACUCGUCAUGACUGCGGACAUGCCGAGUCUCUGCAAGGAUCCUCUAGAGAUCCGUAUGCCAUGGAUUGCGCGCUUCACGGUCAUCUGUCUGUUGUGGGUUGCGACGUGCCCGUCCGCUCGUCAGCAACUCUGGAGCUGUCUUCUUUUUGUAAGCCAAGCGUGAAAAAUAUCACAUCACCCCGUAUGUCUCCUCAUGUCCGUUGCGAAAGCUCAAUUUUCCGUCUCAGGCGGGCUCAAUGGUAG